GAGGUGAAGUACACCAAGAUAUUUAUUAACAAUGAAUGGCAUGAGUCUACAAGUGGAAAGAAGUUCCCCACCUACAACCCUUCAACGCUGGAGAAAAUUUGUGACAUUGAGGAAGGAGACAAGCCUGAUGUGGAUAAUGCGGUGGAAGCAGCAAAGGCAGCAUUCCAGAGGGGUUCUCCGUGGCGACAGAUGGAUGCCCUAAGCAGAGGACGACUCCUGCACAAGCUGGCUGAUCUUCUUGAGCGAGACAGAGUCAUCCUGGCAACUCUGGAAACAAUGGACACAGGAAAACCUUUCCUGCAGGCUUAUUUUAUUGACCUGGAAGGUUGUAUAAAAACACUCCGAUAUUAUGCUGGAUGGGCUGAUAAAAUCCAGGGCAGAACUAUCCCAGUGGAUGAAAAUUUUGUCUGUUUCACCAGGCAUGAGCCGAUGGGUGUCUGUGGAGCUAUAACUCCGUGGAACUUCCCGUUGCUAAUGCUGGUUUGGAAGAUGGCACCAGCGCUGUGCUGCGGAAACACUUUGGUUAUUAAGCCGGCCGAACAAACCCCGCUCACGUCGCUGUACAUUGGCUCGCUAAUCAAGGAGGUGGGUUUCCCUCCAGGUGUGGUGAACAUUGUGCCAGGCUAUGGCCCCACAGCUGGAGCUGCUAUUUCUACCCAUCACAGCAUUGAUAAAAUUGCUUUUACUGGAUCGACAAAGGUUGGAAAACUGAUCAAGGAAGCUGCUUCUAAAAGCAACCUCAAACGGGUGACAUUAGAGCUCGGAGGGAAAAACCCCUGCAUUGUGUGUGCAGAUGCAGACUUGGACUUGGCCGUGGAAUGCGCCCAUCAAGGCGUGUUCUUCAAUCAAGGGCAGUGCUGCACGGCUGCCUCGCGAGUGUUUGUGGAGGAGCAGAUAUAUCCAGAGUUUGUCAAGCGCAGCGUGGAGUAUGCCAAGAAGCGACUCGUUGGAGACCCCUUCGAUGCCAGAACUGAACAAGGGCCCCAGAUUGACCAAAAGCAGUUUGAUAAAAUCCUGGAGCUGAUAGAAAGUGGGAAGAAAGAAGGGGCUAAGCUGGAGUGUGGGGGUCUUGCCAUUGAAGACAGAGGCCUGUUUAUAAAACCCACUGUGUUUUCAGAGGUCACCGACAACAUGCGUAUCGCCAAAGAGGAGAUUUUUGGACCGGUUCAGCCAAUUAUGAAGUUCAAGAGUAUAGAAGAGGUCAUAAGAAGAGCCAACAGUACUGAGUAUGGCCUUACGGCGGCGGUGUUCACGAAGAAUCUGGACAGAGCAUUAACGCUGGCUUCUGCAUUGCAAUCGGGAACUGUCUGGAUCAACUGUUACAAUGCGCUCUAUGCACAGGCUCCUUUCGGUGGCUUUAAAAUGUCAGGCAAUGGCAGAGAACUCGGUGAAUACGCUUUGGCAGAAUAUACUGAAGUGAAAACAGUCACCAUUAAACUCUCCCAGAAGAGUCCCUGAAAACAGAAGGCCUAAAAUGCUGACACUCUGAAUGUGACACAUGGGGGACGUGUUCAGAGCAAGGGGGAGGGGAGUGGUAGGAAGGAAAAUGGAAACACCUAACUUUAUUCCUUUAGAAACACUGAAUCUACUGGACUCCAUUUUGUCAACUGGCUCUUUGAAAACGGAUUUAACUGACCCUACUGGCAGCAUAGCACACACUUGUACUGUACAAGUCCCUGGCUGUACAGCUGUCUGCUACCUGUGACUGAAAUGCUGGUCAGUCACAGUGUUUGCAGGACAUCUGCUUUCAGACUGUACCCCUGAAGGACGUGGACAUCGAUGGCAUGUUAGAGAGACUUCUGGUACCGUUAGCAUGGACCGUUAAACACCUUCAGAGGCCUAUGGGUUUCACUUGGCAUAAAUGGACUGGAGUGGUAGGGUUAAUACAACUUGACUGAAGUUGGCGGAGUUUGUGUGAAGAUUGCAGCUGGAGUUUGGAAUGGGGGUGCAAGCUUUCGUGGAAGGAUCUGUAAAGAAAUUCUCUUUGAAAGAGCUGUCUUGGUCUCUCUAAAGAUACGUGCGUUCUCCAUAUCGGUGAUAUUCUAGCCCCGAAUGAGAUUUGUGGGAGCUUCCUAGAGGACUCCUUUGGGGCCAGUAUUUCACCCAACAGAGCUAGACUUUAAAGUGUCCUUGGAACCUGAUGUUUUGGUGUGCACACAUCACACAUGCUGCAAAUGCAAGUUCCUGACUUGCUAACCCUUCUGGCUCCAAAUGAGUCAGAACUGUAUCUCAAACCUUCACUAUAGCACUUUUUGCAAGAGGAUUUUGCACUGUACUUACCGUGA